CUUCCUCAUGCUCUGUUGCUGUCAUCUUGUAAUAUGUGAUUCAUGCCAAUCCCGUGAUUAUGUGAAACAUGGUUUGAUAUUUCAAACACAAAACUAGACUCAGACAUCAAGGGGAAUUACUUUCCUUUUGGAAAUGGCGGAUGCACAAGAUAUGACCGAUUUUGGCCGCCCCAGUCGAGAUUAUCGGCAUAUGGAGGAGGCACAUGCAUCAGAGACCACAGAGGAGGCGGACCACCACCAGCAGAGAGUCAUCCGAAUCAAUGGCCCGCAGCUCACCAAGUUCUGCCAUAAUGAAAUCAGUACAGCCAAGUACAACAUCCUAACAUUUCUCCCAAAGUUCCUCUUUGAGCAGUUCCGGAAAUAUGCCAAUAUAUUCUUCCUUUUCAUCGCCCUUAUACAGCAAAUCCCAAAUGUCUCCCCAACGGGACGAUACACAACUGCACUACCUCUCCUGCUCAUUCUCAUGGUGUCCGCCAUCAAGGAGCUCAUUGAAGAUUUUAAACGACACAGAGCAGAUGAUGCAGUAAAUAAUAGAAAAAUUAAUGUUUUCCGCAACUCUUCCUGGCAGACAGUAAAAUGGACAGAAGUCGUCGUCGGAGAUAUAAUCAAGGUCGUCAAUGGAGGUUUCUUUCCUGCCGACCUUAUCCUUCUGUCAUCAAGUGAGCCCCAAGCCAUGUGUUACAUCGAGACCUCCAACCUAGAUGGAGAGACCAACUUGAAGUUGAGACAGGGAGUACCAAAAACAGCCAAGUUGCUGACGGGAGAGGAUCUUCAAGACUUCAAGGGAAAUGUGGAGUGUGAGCUCCCUAACAGACAUCUUUAUGACUUCGUCGGAAACAUCAGACCACAAAAUUCUAUGGCCAUCCCUGUAGGACCAGACCAGCUGCUGCUCAGGGGGGCAAUACUCAAGAACACAAACUGGAUCUUUGGUGCUGUCGUGUACACUGGUGCCCAGACUAAGCUUAUGCUCAACUCCACGUCAGCACCACUCAAGAGGUCCAAUGUUGAGAAACUGACCAAUACACAGAUCUUGUUGCUGUUUGUGAUUCUGGUGGUGUUAUCCCUGAUCAGCACGGUCGCCAACACAGUGUGGUCAAACAAGCACCAAGCCUCAGACUGGUACCUGGCCUACCACGAAAUGCCGCCCACCAACUCCGGCUACAACCUGCUACAUUUCAUCAUCCUGUACAACAACCUGAUCCCCAUCAGUUUACAGGUCACUCUGGAGGUGGUCAAGUUCAUCCAGGCUAUCUUCAUCAACUGGGACCGAGACAUGUACUACGCUGAGACAGACACCCCAGCCAUGGCCCGGACCUCCAACCUUAACGAGGAGCUGGGACAGGUGAAGUACAUCUUCUCAGACAAGACUGGCACACUUACUAAGAAUGUCAUGGAAUUCCGGAAGUGUACCAUAGCUGGCAUCGCUUACGGGAAUAAUGAUGAAAGCGUCCACAAGUUUGACGAUGAAUCUCUAAUGGAGAAUCUCAAAUCCAACCAUGUGACGUCAUCCACAAUUCAGGACUUCCUGACGCUCCUGGCAGUGUGCCAUACUGUAGUACCUGAACGCCAACUGGAACUGAACGAAAUUACCUACCAGGCAUCCUCUCCAGAUGAAGCUGCUUUGGUAAAGGCUGCACGGAAAUUUGGAUUUGUCUUCACAACGAGGACGCCCCAGACUGUGUCUAUAGAGGUGUUCGGUAAAGUGGAAACCUAUGAAAUACUCAAUGUUUUAGAAUUUACAAGUGAGAGGAAGCGGAUGUCUGUGGUUGUGAAGCGUCCUGACGGUCUGAUACAGCUCUACUGCAAGGAGGCGGACACUGUGAUCUACGACCGACUGGAUGAGACUCAGCUGUACAGGGACAUAACUCUGCAACACUUGGAGGAGUUCGCAUCUAUAGGUUUGAGGACUCUUUGUAUAGCAACCGCAGACAUCUCGGAGGACUUCUACGAGGAGUGGAAACACACCUUCUACAAGGCCAGCACAUCUAUACAGAACCGGGAGAAGAAGUUGGAGGAGGCAGCAGAGCUGAUUGAGAGGAACCUGAAGCUUCUGGGUGCAACAGCUAUUGAAGAUAAACUGCAAGAUGGUGUUCCGGAAACUAUAGACACACUGAGUAAGGCAGACAUCAAAAUCUGGGUGCUGACAGGAGACAAGCAAGAGACCGCCAUUAAUAUUGGAUACUCUUGUAAGCUGCUGACACAGAGCCUGGAGCUGAUGAUAAUCAAUGAACAUAGCCUAGAUAGUACUAGAGAUGUCCUCAUCAAGAGGAAGCAAGACUUUGGAGAUGCUCUCGGCAAGGAGAAUGAUGUAGCUCUCAUUAUAGACGGCCAGACAUUAAAAUAUGCACUCACUUGUGACUGUCGGCACGACUUUCUUGAAAUUGCUAAAUCCUGCAAAGCUGUUAUCUGUUGUCGAGUGUCGCCGCUUCAGAAGGCUGAGUUGGUGGAGUUGGUGAAGUCAUCACAGAAGGCCAUCACCCUCGCCAUUGGGGACGGUGCUAAUGAUGUCGGCAUGAUUCAGGCUGCUCAUGUUGGCGUGGGCAUCAGUGGGAUGGAGGGACUCCAAGCUGCCUGUGCAUCAGACUAUGCCAUAGCGCAGUUCCGGUUCCUACAGAAGCUGUUGCUGGUGCACGGAUCAUGGAGCUACAGUCGCCUAUGUAAACUCAUCCUGUACUCCUUCUACAAGAACAUCUGUCUCUAUGUCAUCGAGUUUUGGUUUCAAAUAGUGAAUGGCUUCUCAGGGCAGAUUCUGUUUGAGCGGUGGAGUAUUGGUCUGUACAAUGUGAUAUUCACAGCGGCUCCCCCACUAGCAAUGGGUUUGUUUGACCGCUACUGCUCUGCAGAGACCAUGAUGAAAAACCCCACGUUAUACAAAGAUACCCAGAAUGGAAGGUUCUUCAAUGUCAAGGUCUUCUGGUUCUGGAUCAUCAACUCCAUCUUCCACUCCAUCCUGCUGUUCUGGCUGCCGUUGUUGUCGCUGAAACAAGAUGUUGCUUUCUCUGAUGGUAAAACUGGGGACUAUCUCUUCAUGGGGAACUUUGUGUACACAUAUGUGGUGGUGACGGUUUGUCUGAAAGCUGGACUGGAGACAAGAGCCUGGACCUGGCUAACCCACCUGGCCAUCUGGGGGAGCAUCAUUUGCUGGUUCCUCUUCCUGGUUGUCUACAGCCACGUCUUCCCCACCGUCAACCUGGCGCCAGAGAUGCUGGGAAUGGACCGUCAUGUCUACGGCUGCUCUGUGUUCUGGCUUGGCCUCGUCAUCAUCCCCUUUGCCUCUCUCCUCCGAGACUUCUCCUGGAAAGUUGUACGGAGAACCUACUUCAAGACCCAGAGACAGUAUGUCCAGGAGAUGGAACUGGCCAAUAAAGAAGCCAUAUUGAAUGGAUCUCCUAAAAAGAAGAGACCGAUAACAGAGCGAGCACGUCUUCUUGGAUGUUCAUUCUUUGGGCGGUCGGCAGGCAGAAUACCACCCUCUUCAAAUCAACCACAUGGGUAUGCCUUCUCACAGGAGGAGCAUGGAGUCGUACCACAGGCUGACUACAUCCGGGCGUACGACACCACGAAAGAGAAGCCAGAAGGAUUGUAGUAACCCCACAAGCAAAGGGAGACAACUCUUGUCCUUGGAUCUCAGUGUGACUUUUGUGCCAUUGUUCAGCAUGGUUGCUCUCGUGGACAUCCUCAUCAGAUCAUCAGACAAUCCUAUAAUCCACACUUCUAAUUGGAUUCUAUCACCGAAUUGCUUUGUUUUUCAAAUAGUAGCUCGGAAUACUCGGAGUAUGUGUUCAAGCGGUUAAUGUACCUAUAGAAGUGUUUGCUAUGAAAGAUUCACAAUCAUGUAGCAAAUCUCAACUCCACUAAUCCUAGUAUUAUUCAAGGCGAUUGUUUUGUUUUUCAGAAUAUCAGUCAGUAUAACUUUACUCAGAAAACAUUUUUGACAUUAAUUAGAAUAGAAAUAAUCUUCCAAAUUUGUUAGUUUUUGUCGGUAUUGAACUUCCCCUUCUUCCACAAACUGUAAAGUGUCUUGUGUGUAUUUGACCUCUACCCAUUUUGCCUAUUGACCUUGACCCCUCCAAAUGUAUGAACUUUAACCUUGACCCACCAGAGAAAGGAAACAUAAUGUAUUUGCUGGCUUGCACUCAUAAAGGAAAUUUCUAACUUUCUAAGAUUUAUUUUUUCAAAGAUUAUCUGUUAUGUGUAUAUAGUGUAGACUGAGAAACUGUACAUUUAUCUGUGUUAUAAUCAUGUCUGUGCAUAUUAUCGUCACAUGUGGUCGUGUCAACGUUUUCAUUGUCCUGCGUUCAGUAUUAAUCUGUAUUAUGAUGCAUUAUUCUGCAUUAUUCUGCAUGUCUUGCAAUGUUGAUGGGUGGUGGAGUAGCUUACUUGUGAAAACGUUCGCUCGUCACAACGCAACUAAGGUUGUUUUUUUCACAUAACUACAAUGUGUAAAUUCAUUCCUGUCAUUUUGCUGAAAAUUGCUUAAAGUUGCAUGAAACAUCACUCACCAACUUAUGAUAUUAAUAUUCCAGAAGCGAUCACAUUACACUUUUUUAAUAGUGCUCUUAGAUCACUUUUGCAAAGCAUUACUGAGAAUGUUCAGGACUUUCGUGAAUCCUUUGACUGGUUCCAUGUCGCUGGGUUUUUUUCAGGACCCUGAAUUUCUUUAUCACAAUAUCAUUUUAGAUUUUUAUAAUAUUUUUGAAUGAUCACAGUCAAUGAGACCAUGUCCUCAUAUUGAUGUACGUUGCUUUUUUUCACCAUCAUCUGUUGAAAGGUCAAAGGUCAAGGGUCAGUAGAUGUGAUUUUAUUGCACAUAAUAUAAUCAGUUGAUGCCGAGACAGGAAUUAUUAGCAGCGGUGUGUCAACAUUCACUCAUUCCAAAAAUAUGUCAACCAUUACCAAGGUCAAGGUCACUGCACUGAUCGUGGUCACUGCGCAGAACGGUGUUGACAUACUUGAGGAAGCACUGUAUGUCUGAUGCAUUGUCUACUACUGUUAAGAAUGAUAAUCAAUACUAAUGGUGAUAGGUCAGCGUCAGUUUUGCCUUUUAUGAAAAAGUUGUUGAUUUAUCAAAGAAUUGAAAUUCAAGACUCUGUGAUACAAACAUUGUUAGUACAAUCGCACUUCAAAAGAAGUGAAGAAAAAAUUAUGAUAAUGAUGGAUCAGGAAAAGUGAUGUUCUAAGAAAAUAUUUGAGACAAAUAUCUCAAUGAUAUUAAAAUUAAUACCGAUAGCUUACACAAUCAGCAAGGAUGUACCAUUGAUCUCCCCACCCAGUGACUGUUUUCACUGCUGGAGUCGACAUUCGUAUGCAUGUUUGUGUUAUGGUUGUUCUGUUGUUGUGAUGUCAGGCCGACAAAAUGAUACCUUGUUUCUCACCACUUGUGCAUGGGUGGGUUCAUUGUUCUAAUUUCAUAAUAAGGUUUGUGAUUCUGUGAGGAGUAAAUUGUGCUAAAAAGAUACGGAAGAAUAUAUAUGGUCUUUUUGUCGCAGCUAUAUAUUUUAUAUAAAAUUAUUAAAAAAUACAGUAAAUUGGAAAAUAAAAUGUUCCAUAUGCUCACUGGACUUUUAUAGUUUAGCUUACAUGGAUCCAAACCAUUUUUUUGUUAAUAAUUAAAUGAUGUAUACAUCUAAACAAAACAUACAUAAGAUUAUUUCAUUGGGUUUGAGAAACAAGAAUUAUACAUGUAUUUGAAUUGGCCUAAUGUAGAUCUCUUUGUAUUCACCCUAGUUCCCUUUGCUCACAUAGUGGUAGAUCACAUGCUUUUGUUGUGGUCAGGGGCGAUGUGUAACCUGUUUGAAGUUGGCACCUCUGUGGUGUCCGUGGUGAUUCCUGUAGAACAGCAUUGUCGAUGUUAGCUCACUUGAAGUAGAUUUGUUUGUUUGCUCACCAUGUUUUUGUAUUUUAUGAUUUAUUAUGAUUUAGCUGUGACGUUGUGUCUUUAUCACAUCUCACAGACAUUGAUUUGCUCUUACAGGCUGUGAUACACCACCACGGUCAGCGCACAGGUAUGCUGCAAUGUGAUUGGUUGAAAGUUCUUGUAGUUAAGUUCCUUCUAGAAUCUCCACAUAAUGCAAGAGGGUUGUCAUAUUGUAAUCAGAGGGGUGUAAGAGGAACGUGGGGUAGCAGCGUGGUUCAAGUGUUCACUGUUGAAGUCCUGGUUCGACUCCACCAUGGGUUCAGUGUACGAAGUCUGGUUCCCUGCCAGUGUCAGAUGAAAAAGAUGGAAUUAUUAUAAUAGCAUGAAAUAAAACUCAUGAAUUGUUUUAAGUGAAAUAUUUUAUCCAUUUGUUUUUACACCAUUUUGGAAAGCACAUGUGUGCUAGUAUUAAGAAAUACUGUUCAAAAGAAGUUAAGGACUGCCUCAUUCGAUUCAAAUUAGAGAUAAGGAUCCCAUUGCCCAAAGCUUUUUAAGCGUCAAGGUGAUCGUAGCGCCCAAAUUAAACAUUUAACAAGGUUUUUAGUUAUAAUACUAAUAUUUCUUUGUGCAGCGAGUCCCAGACAUUUCUCACAGGGAGAGAUCAGAGGAAAUAGGGCAGGUCACCACAUAUUUUCACUGUCUCCUGGGAAGGGGCUUAAUAAUAUACUUAUUUGUAGGGGCAUAUAAAAAUGGACAUUUUAUUGCUCAAUGAGGAGCGUGUUUGCAUUUUGUCAUUUUGUGAGGGUCAGGAAUACACUACAAGGACAAGCGUGUCUUUAUGUUCAGAGAAGAAUUAGUCAGUCCUUAACUUCUGUUUUAGCAUAUUUCUUUGUAUUGUACAGCUGGUAUUGUUUGAGCUUAGGAUGGGGAGUAUGGACCUGCAUUGCUCGUCUGGUCAGAGAUCAAGUUUUGAUCUGAAUCAGAAUGUUGUAUAGCAUUGCAAAUUGUUCAUCUUUUUUCAAAUUGAAAAACUGGUAUUCAAGGGACUUUUUCAAUCAUGUGUCAGCAUAGUUGUGUGUGUGAGAUGACCGAGUUGUCAGGUUCAUGUGUAUAACUCACUUUUGUUGUUUUCUUUUCCGUUUUAAAUUUUAAUUCAGGAGAUUCUUGGCAAAGCAGAUUAGUAUGUUAUAUCUUUUCUGCUCUGUAAAAUGCAACACGGUUAAUCUUUGUAUGAAAGAUCAAGCAUAGAAUAUUUAUUUCCAGAAUAACUCCAUUUUAGCUUCAAGAGGAUAUUGAAAUGUGUAAAUGACCAACUUGGAUGGUGCUCCUGGUAUAUGACUUUAUGAUGCGUAUUUUAGAUAAAAUGACAGAUUGUGUAAGGAUGCUUAUAAUUAUUGAGACUGAUGAUGAUGAAAUGUGCUGUAGCGGGUGAUGUGGCCACUGAUGGGUGUAGUCAGUAGGACACAAAGUAUACUAUAAAAAUACGUCUCUGCUGCCGCUGGAUAUCACGUGUAUUUAGUUUUACUGAUAAUAAUGUUUGGGAAAUACAGAAACAGCACAAUUACCAAUUGUCAAAUGAUAAAAAAUAUAAUGGACAUAGAAAUAAAUCGACUGUUUUGAUAGUUACCUGACGCUACACUGAAGAAGAAUCAGGAAGGUCAUAUUGGGGAGCAGUUCAAACGUUUGAUGUGAUGUAAAUAAAUUUUCAGUUUAUAUUCUGCUUUCAGAUAUUACAUCUCACUCGUGUACAGAUGCGAUAAGAACUGUACAUUUUUAGACUGAACUGUGAAAACCCUGAAAAUAUUUUUGUCUGUAUGGAAAACUAGAUUUCAUAACCCUGAAACUUAAGAAAUGGAUUUUUAUAUUCAACAUCCAGCUUUUGAUCUGCCCCAUUUCUUGUGGCUCAGUGAUAUCCCAUAAUGCCUCACAAGGAAACAGAAAGUACAGUACUUGAUAAAUAACAGAAACGGGUUAUCCCUUCAUAUGGUUGAGAUGCAUAUUCUGGAUUCAUAGAGGGAAGCAAGCUUGAAUCAUUCCAUCACUUACCGAAGAUGUGCAACAAGGAUUUAGCAUUCAUUGUUUUCCUGAGUACCAGGCAAACAUGAUUGCAUAAUUGACACCCCUCUAGGUGAUUCAGAAGUGUGUUAACAUUUUCAGUAAAUAUUUGACAUAUGUUGCUUAGCCGACCAUUUGUUGGACAUUUUUCCUGCCAAUUAUGUGGGGCCAAAUGUUAUGCAGUCCAGAAGAUCUUCUUCAGCUUCAGAAUGGAACGAAUUUGUCAUUGGAUGAUUGUAACAGUAAUCAGAGACCAUAUACUGAUAUUUGUUGAUGCAGGUAUAUGAUAAUUAUUCAGCAUUUUGUCAGAUAAGAUUGUCUUGUGUAAGCCCAAACUAAGGUGAUGUUUUAAAAUGGACUGCUGGUGAAGUACAGAAAUAACAGGAAUUGAAAUUCCCAACAGGAAGACUGUUAAUAUGGCACUGUGGAUUUGAAAGUUAAACUUCUAACAGGAAAAGGUUUGAGUAGACUACUCAAGUCAAUAGGUUGUGACCCAUUACCUUUUGAUAUUAAGUCUAUCUGUAAGCCAAGGAAAUUAAUUCACCACAGUCUGUUUCCACAAAGCUAUCUUAUCGCUGAGGUGAUUGAGUGAGUGAGUGUAGUUUUAUGCCGUGUUUAGCAAUAUUCCAGCAAUAUCACAGCAGGUGACACCCGAAAUGGGCUUUACACAUUGUACCCAUGUAACCCUAGGUUAAGACUGCUUUGUGAAACCAGUCCCUUGUGUUAUGCUUGACUUCCUUGGUAGAGCAUAGGCCACAGACUAUCGAUUGUGUUAACUUAUGCAAUAAGAUAUUAUCCUUGAACUUUAUCUGUACGGUGUAGCAGUGAUUCUGAUGUCAAUAUCAUGGUAUCUAUGGUAUCUAUAGCAACUAAAUACUAGACUGGUGCACUGUAUUGUAUGCAUGUAGUUCAGCCUGUGUGCAAUCAAAGGGCAACAUACUAUUCCCCCCCGAGAUGUUAUACUAGAUUGUGGAUGUCUCUUGUAAUCAUGGACUUGUGUCGCUGUUAAGUAAAGAAUGAUGACAUGUAUGUUACAGACCUGGGGGCCCCGUUCCUCAAGGCAAUGGUAGCCGUAAGAUGAUCGUAACUCCCAUACUUUAACAUAGACUUACGACAGUCGUAGCGCUACACAUGGUGCGCAUCUCAUUGUAAUUUCAAGCAACAACAAAGGCCAUGUAUGUUUACAUCUUUUCAUUUUGCAUGACUUGAAAUAUUAUUAAAAUUGUUAUUGAUAACAGCUUCAGACAAGUGUUUUACCAACCAGAUCAAUGUUUACUGGUGUUUCUGAAUUCUCACCUGUAGCUGGCAAUUUACGAAACUUUAUGUAAAAUGUCAUUUUCAUCAUCACAGGUGUAUAAAAUGCUCAUUAACAUAACUUAAUUCAAAUCCACAUUUGGUAGUUAAUUAAAAUGAUAUAUAAUUCAAAUCCACAUUUGGUAGUUAAUUAAAAUGAUAUUUAAUUCAAAUCCACAUUUUGUAGUUAAUUAAAAUGAUAUAUAAUUCAAAUCCACAUUUGCGUAGUUAAUCAAAAUAAUUUAUCAGUUCAAAUUGUUUUAACAGUCUUAUCUUCAAGAGUUCAAAUGUUACUGAACAUUUUCUUUCCAUUGCAUUUUUGUGAACAUCGUCUCUAUGAAUUGGCAACAUAAUGAAUGAUUGAACUGGAGGAUCUUCUGAAAUAUGUGCCUCAGCAAUGAAUAAGUUGUUUCAUUGAAACUGUACUAACAAUUCAUCAUGUUUACUAAUAUUAAACUCCACUUGCAAUGAAAUCUCAUACAUGUAAUAAUGAUCACUAACAACUAUUUUAAGUACUUUUUACUAACCUCUGCACAUUUGGUCACCUGGUUUCAAUGAUCACUUUUGUUAUGCACUUUGUAACAUGAAUAUGUAUUCCAAGUACCCAUAAACUGUCAUUAAUUUAAAUAUUUAUCACAUAGAUAGAAAUUUUAAAGUGUGAUGUCUGUUGGACAUAUGAAUACAGUACAGUUGCUAGGAAAGUAGGUUAUCAUUAUUCAAACUAGGUUGAUAGGUACAAGGGUGUUUGUUUUGCAUGGAGUCUGUGAGAUUUAAUAAUGAGUUACAAAUUGAGCAUGUCAGGGUUAACUUACUUGCAUUUCUCGCAUUUUCCUUAGAAAGUGAUAAAAACUUAACAGCAGCAUUGUUUUGUUGCAGUAUCAGGAACAGUUAUUUUAAACAUAUUACUCAAUUUUUAUAGGGAUAUGUCUUUAUUGUUUCUUGAAUCACAAGUAUCAUUUCUCUUAACAUGUUGAUGUAAUAGGUUCGAGUAUUUCAUAUCCCUAUCGGAAGUUGAAAAGUAUGGGGGAGAGGUUAUUGUCGUGUGGCUGUAACCUAUCAUGUAAUACAGACAGUAACUAUAGAAAACUAGACAUUUCCGGUUGUUGAACAUGGAGAUCGAAAACUUUGCCUGAUGUUCUUCCACAUACCUCCAUUCACUGUGUAUCUUAAUUGCUUGAUUACAUUAGCGACAGCAGCAUGUGAGUUGUUGAAAACUUCUCUACAGCACCUAUUGAGUAAUGGUUAUUUGUUUCUAUAAUCUGAUCUUCAUGACUGUAAACAAUUUGUAGAAUACCAACCAUUUGAAACAGGUCUUGUGUAGAUGGGUAAAAAUACAAGUCUUCAAUCUCUUUGUUCAGAUACUUAAAUGUAUGAGGUUUUUAGUAACUGGAGAAAAUAUAAGAAAAGUUUCCUAUGUACCAGGUUUUCUUUCAUUUCUGCUAUAAUAUUGAGUUUUGUACAGAAAUGUUUUAGUAAUUAUUACCUUGAUCUGAUAUAUUCCUGUGAGCUUUGUAAAUUGCGUAUUUAUCUGAGCUGUGCCUACCCCAUUGUAUUGUUAAGUACAAUAAACUAUGUCUGUCGUACUGA